UUCUGCUGCCCACGAUGAAGAAAAACCUACGGAAAAGCCAGGAUGAACGUUAUCGCUUGAAGUUCCAGCGUCUUUGCCGUGUGGCCAAGGUGCUGGUUUACGAGAACGCAGCCUUGUGUGAUGAGGUUGCCCGGAUGGAGACCAAAUACCUGCAGGCACGUGAAGAGCGCCGCUUCCUGCUUACUCGCCUGUUGCAAGCACAAGCCCUGGCUGAAGAAGACUCACCCACACCAGCUGUGGCAGCCAGCCUGCAACCAUCCCCAGAUGAGCCGGCUACUCGCAAAAUUCGCCGGGAGCGCAAAGGCAAAGAGAAUGGCCGAGCAUCCAAACGCAGGGCACCCCUGGAGCUGGGCAUCCGCCGGCUGGUCCCCCCGCUUCCCUUAGAUCCUGCCGGACGACCGAUUUUUCCUAUUGCUUUAGGUCCACUGACUGUCUACAGUCUGGGUGAGAUCAUCUCCGACCGUCCUGGUUUCCACACAGAGAAUGCCAUCUACCCGGUGGGAUACUGCAGUACCAGGGUUUUUGCCAGCACCCACAGGCCAACUUGCCGCUGUCUCUACACCUGCCAGAUCAAGGACGGGGGCACCGGGCCACACUUCGAAAUUGCCCCUGAAGACGAACUGGGAGCUGUAAUAAUGGGGUCCACCCCGGAUGCCUGCCAUGCUCAGCUGUUGGAAGCAGUGGGUGCUGGCCAGCUUGAGCCAGCAGGGGCCGAAUUCUUUGGGCUGUCACACCCCGCAGUCCAACACCUUGUCCAGAGCUGCCCAGGUGCACACAAGUGUGCUGGGUACCGCUGGUGCCGCUUUGAGAUCUGUCGCCCGAAUGAUGGACACCCUCCUGAGGGGCUGUCUCCAGGGAACCCGGGCAUUGAUUUUGAGGUGUUCCAGAGUCAAGAUUUGGCCAGGUCUAUGAAUCUAGACUUCCCUGCAGCUUCUCCUUCUCCACCCUGUGGAAACGGCUACACUGAACUUUUCCUGCCUUGUGCUACUUCGGCUGAGUCCCCCCUCCCUCCGAGUCCAGAAACUGACCCUGAUUGAGAACAGCCAGAAGGCAGCUUUUAAGGUUGCAUCAUCCUUUCUUUCUAGCUCCUCUACGGGGAGAGCAGAGUUGCCUUUUAUCACUAGAAUGGGCUUGAUUGAAAUUUUCAGGUUU